GCUAACCACCCCUAGACCCUGCCCUUAGCCUUCUCGGACCCUGAGAUCGAGCCUGGCCGGCCAAUCGUACCGCGGCGACUCCGGCUUUAAGCCUGACUUGGGUUGGGAGCCAAUUUCCACUGGUCCCUGAAUGGGCAUUUCCGACAUGGAGGCGCUUUUCAUACCCCAAACUUGAAGCCUCGCCAGGGUGCAGGGACUGGGAAGAGGCGCUGGUGGAAAUUCUCUUAAAAGGCGCCCCCCGUGGCCAGAGCCGCAUCGUGGUUCCUUUCCCUCGUCGCAGGGGUGUCGCAGUCGCAGAUCCAACUUUCAAGGCCCAGUCGCCAUGGCGCCUCCACACUCGUUUCUAUACUUUUUGUCGCUCGUUUUGACUUAUCUAACUCCAUUCGUUCUUGGCGCACCAUGGAUCGCGACCGACUAUUUCCAGGAGGUUCCAGAGGAGGUAUACGGUGAUUACGAUACCUCCAAGCAUCAAUGGUCGAUCGUUACCUCUACAACGUACGAGGAGAUCAUCCCGACCGCAACUUCCUUACCGGAGGCUAUUCGAACCAACGUCGUCGUCCAGACAGAUUACUAUGCCGGCACCGCAACUCUCGUUGAGAAAUUGUACCCGUCGGGGGCGGUGGGCACCCCGGUGCCCUACAGCUUAAAGUACGGCUAUCAAGACAAUGGCUGGACAUCAACCAUUUGGGUCGUGAAUUUGACUUACUCGGCGCCAACUGCCUGCUCGACGCAAUGGACUACUACUACCGCCGUUUCGGUCACGCCUCCUCAGGACCGCACUUUUGACCGUCUACUACCCACGACCGCUGCCUCUACCUCGUAUAGCGUGUACAACGCGGAGGGCUUCCAGUCAUCCACAUACUUCUACAAGUACAUCUGGGUGGCUCCGACACAAGUACCUACCUCAUCGAUGAACCGGCUGAGCGACGAGUACUAUCCCGCAACGCUGUAUAACAACAAUGACAAGGACUGCCGGUACGAGAAUCACGGGUACGAAUACUCCAGCAACGGCUACUACUACGGCGAUUACUACAACGACGGUCUCGCAAUCUCUCCGCUGGCCAUCCUACUCAUCUGCGUGCUUGGCUGGAUCGUUCUGUGGUUCCUGCUCGGCAUCCUGGAAGCAUGGAUCCGAUUCCGCCGCCUGAUGACCGGUUGGCAGACACGCCGCGGAAUGCCAGUCUGCUGGGCCUUGACCAUCAUGCCACUUACACUGUUCUGUCUAUGCUGUUUCCGGAGAGGCUAUCGUGCACGCACGGCACAUGACUCGGCCGUGCUGCAGAGUCGCUGGAAGAAGAUGACUGCGUGGCGCAAGUUUGUGCUCUUCUGGAAAUGGGGUUUCAGAUACAAGUACCCGACUAUCCUGGGCCCCGCACCCGAACGCGUGAUGCCCAGUAAGCGGCCUGGCAAGCACCCUGGUUCGUCUAUGGGACCGCCUCUGUUGUACUCGACGCCGCCCCAGACUGCGGUGUAUCCGCCCGUGUCCCCGGUUACCUCGCUGAACCGGGAGGCUGUCCCUGGUGGCCCGGGACCACAGAUGAGUCAGGCCAUGCCGAUGCAUCAGCAUCCUCUAGCACCCGUACCGGCACCGCAGCCUAAUCCCGAGGCAUCGGGUGCGCUGCAGAGUGUCCCCGAGCACGGCUAUGAGCAGCAACAACCCCAGACUGAGACCGAGGCCCCGGCUCAGGCUCAGGCUCAGGCUCAGGCUCAGGCUCAGGCUCAGGCUCAGGCACAGGCUCAGGCCCAGGCCCAGGCGGAGACGGAGCCUCAAUCGGAGACUCAACCUCAACAUCAAAAUCCUACCCAGGGUGGCGAAAUCGGACGGGCUCACUGAGCAAGGAUGGGCUGAAGGAUUCGAUAUCAUUGAAUCAUCGUUGUUUGCAAGGGCAGCAUUGAUCUGUCCCGACAUGUCUUUGACGACUUGGAUACCAUUUACAGCCAGCCAGCGUUUUAUAUAAUUAUUAAUUGUCAUUUAUCAUUUGCAUGAGCAUAUUGGAAUUUAAAAGACGCAAUUUUUGAUCCUAUGGGCUCUGAGUAUUUUCUAUCUGGGAGUUGUUUGUAAACCAAUCUAAAGCAGGAACUGAACAGAGAGGCAGCCAGAGUGGAAUCUUCAAG